AUGUUACAUCUUAGUUAUCUACAAGCAGCCGAAGCAUUGACAAAUGAAACAAAUUUGGACUUCGCUUCCUACGAAAUCUGUGAUAAUAUUGAUCUGGAUACAAUUUUGAUGGAUUUUGAAAGCUUUUAUUUUGUUAAAUUCAAUAAAUAUCCAAAAAUCUCGAAAAAAGUUGCUAAUUUGGUAGCAGAAGGAAUUUCAGCCUCGUCUCCAAGCCCAGUCGUGCAGAACGGAAAGUCCCAGAAAUUUGGACCAAUAAUCGAUUUUCGCGCGAUAAUUAAUCAGGAAAAUCGAAUGAGUCAGUCUGAAGAAAUUCCAUCUCAGGAAAGGCUGCUUAGACCACUAGGAUCCUACGCUGGUUAUUCCGCUGAGUGGAGAGAUCUUGCUGCCACUAUUUCAAGGGACAUUUAUCUCCACAAUCCGGACGUUCACUGGGAUGACAUAAUCGGCCUGGAAUCUGCUAAACGUCUAGUCAAGGAGGCAGUUGUUUAUCCCAUCUCAUAUCCACAACUCUUUACUGGCAUUCUUUCACCUUGGAAGGGGUUGCUUCUCUACGGUCCACCAGGAACGGGCAAAACGUUACUUGCAAAGGCUGUGGCAACGGAAUGCAAAACGACCUUCUUUAACAUAUCGGCCUCGACCAUCGUCAGUAAAUGGCGAGGUGACUCGGAAAAAUUGGUCAGGGUUCUCUUUGAACUGGCUCGGUUUCAUGCGCCGUCAACUAUCUUCCUUGAUGAACUCGACUCCCUGAUGUCCCAGCGUGGUUCCUUUGGUGCCGGUGACUCUACAGGGGGAGGUCCUGGUGGCUGCAGCUCCUUAGGUGGAUCCGCGGAGCACGAGGGAUCGCGCCGAAUGAAGACGGAACUUCUUAUCCAGAUGGACGGUCUGGCAAAGUCAGAUGACCUUGUCUUCUUGCUGGCAGCCUCCAAUAUUCCAUGGGAACUAGACCAUGCCAUGCUGAGGCGACUGGAAAAGCGAAUCAUUGUGGACCUGCCAAACAAGGAAGCUCGAAAACGAAUGUUUGAAAACUUGCUCCCUCAAAAGCAAACAGCU